AAACUCUUUCUUUUUCGCAUCAAUCAUGCCUUCGAAAAAAACGGGAGAACCGUCCGAUAAAAAGGACAAAAAACCAGCUGCUUCAUCUUCAACAGGAGCAAAGAAAGAAACUGCUGCUAAACCAGCAGCAGAAAAGAAACCAGCUGAGAAAAAACCAGCUGCUGCCGCCCCCAAGAAGCCUGCUGCUGAACUUGCUGCAAAGAAAGCAGAGAAACGUCCAGCAACUGAGAGCAAACCUUCUGUUGCUGAAAAGAAAACAGCUGCUGCAAAACCUGCUGAUAAGAAGGCAGCACCUAAAGGAGCUGCAAAACCAGCAGAAAAGAAAGCAGGAGAUAAAAAGGCUGCCCCAGCAAAGAAAGCAGCUGAAAAGAAACCAGCAGAAAAGAAAGCCGCAGGAGAUAAGAAACCAGCAGCAAAGAAAGUUGGUGAAAAGAAGGCUGUCACUACAAAGAAAGCCGGUGAUAAGAAGCCAGCAGCAAAAGGUAAAGAUGGGAAGCCAAUCAAGAAGGCACCAGCUAAGAAGCCUGGCAUGAAGCCAGCUGCUGGAGCUAAGAAACCAGUUGCAAAGAAACCAACCUUAGCAUCUGCUAAAUUGCAAAAAGGAACAGCUCGCGCAAAGGCUGCCGCUAUUUUAAAAGCUAAAAGAGCUCGCUUGAAGGCUGUCAAAGGACCAUUUGGAACUCGUCUCCGAAAGGUCCGCACAACAGUUCGCUUCCGUCGUCCAAGAACAUUGAGAUUGCCGCGCAAUCCUAAAUACCCACGUAAGGCAGUCCCAACUAGAAACCGCAUGGAUGCAUUCAACAUCAUUAAAUAUCCAUUGACAACUGAAGCUGCAAUGAAGAAGAUCGAAGACAACAAUACUUUAGUAUUCCAAGUUCAUCUUCGCGCAAACAAAAAUCACGUUCGCGCUGCUGUUCGCAAACUUUACGAUAUCAAAGUUGCAAAAGUGAAUUGUCUUAUUCGACCAGACGGAAAGAAGAAGGCCUAUAGAAACUUUGCUUUUGUGAGGCCCUCGAAGAAGGACAAUAUUAACUACAGAACGGAGGAAGACAUUGCUAAAUUAGAAGCAUCAACAAAUCGUCAGCCCAACCUUGAAAUCUUGGAUCAUGAGCGCAAGCGAAAGAUUGAAGUUAAAUGUGCUGAACUGGAGGAAGUCCUUGAAUCUCAAGGAUUCACGGAAGAAGAAAUUCAAGGUAAAGUCGAUGCUUAUCGUAACAAAUUGAUGGGCACGAAUCAAAAUGGAAACGAAACGACUGCUAAAGAUGAACAUGGUAGACCAAUCAAAAAUCUUUCACCUGCUAAGAAAUUUCGAUUACGACUUCGAUUUGCGAGGUUUCAUAAACAGCAACAAGCAAAAGACGAUUAUUUCGAACAUGAUAAUCGUGAUGCAACGAAAACAAAUGAAAAUGAUAAGAAAAAAGCUGCUCGACUGAAUAGAAAACAUCGUCGGGCACAAAUGUAUAUUGACGCUUAUUUGAAGUCAAAUUAUGAGAUUAUAAAUCAGAAUGGCGUUGCUGCAUUGCAUGAUGGGACACAGGAAAGCAGCAACAGUAAUGACGUAGUCUCUAUAAAAUCAACUGUGCAUAAAACAAGUCUUGGAUUUCCUCCGAUGACAUCACAUUUGAGUCAGGCUCUUGUGGGGAAAGAACAGGCGUUACUCAAUAGUAAAUUAUUUCCCACCACUUCUAAUAAAGCCGGUGUAAUCUCCACUAGUAAAUGUUGUUGUCAUUGCGCAUGUUCAAGUGUAAAGCGAAAGCCUCGAAGGAAAUUGUCUUCGCCUUAUUUUGGUGAUUUCAAUCAGUCGAUGAGCUUACCAAACCUGAGUCGUACUCAUAGAGAAGAAACUGCUAUUCUUAAUAAGACUACAACAACCACACAUCAAGAAACGCAUUUGAUGAAAGCUUCAAAAAGUGGAAACUUUGUGAAUUCAAUAAAUUCGUCUAAUCGCACAAAAAUGUUGCCGAUCCUUCAUAAGGAUCACGACAACUUUAAAAGUCGUAACGGCAUCAAUUGCGAUAUAAAAGAAGUGCGUAGUGUUCUCAGUUUAAGAGAAACUCAUGAGAUUGCUCAAGCUCAACAGGAAAAGAAUGCAAAAUUGCGUGAAGCUUUUGGCAUUUCUAAUUACUUUGUGGAAGGAACAAGUUUCGAUCCAGAACGAAAAGCACGCGAAGAAUUAGCGAAAAGUGAAGCAAUUCAAAAGGAACUUCAAGCUGAAAAAGAUGCUGAUAAGAUUAAUCGAAAGAAAUAUGCUUUGGUAAGAACACCAUCACCGGAUAAAUCUGAGGAUUCAGUGGCUGGAAACAAUGACAACAAUGAUGAUGAUGAUGAUGACGACGGUGGAAAAGGAAAAGUUGAAAAGAAGAAGAAAAAGAAACGAAAUCGCGAUGCAUCUUCAAGUCCGGAACGGAAGAAAGACAAAAAAAAGAAAUCAAAGAAGCAUAAGAAGGACAGAGGAAAGAAGAAGCGAUCGACAAAAAAACGUCGCGACACCGACAGCAGUGAAUCAAGUGACUCAAGUGAUUCAUCAGGAACUUCAAGCGAUUCUUCCUCAGAUGACUCUGAUAGUGAUGACGAUAAACAUCGUCGUCGCAAGAAAACUAAAAAGAAUAAGAAGAAGAAGUCAAAGAAGAAGCGAAACGUUUCACGAGAUCGUUCAUCGCGUGACAGUUCUGUAGAAAAAAAGAAAUCAAAGGCAGACAAGCGCGAUGUUAAAUCGAAGGAUAGGAACGUAAAUGAUCGUCGUGCACCAAGAAAGGAAGAAAAGGUUGAAAAAAGUUCACGUAAAAGUCGUUCACGUGACCGAAGUGACAAACGUCAUCGUUCAAUCAGUCGGAAUCGUUCAAGGAAAUCACGUAGCAGAAGCGUAAAGAAAUCUGAACGACCAAGCAAGUCUUCAGUGUCACCAAAACGUUCAAAACACUCAAAAACUCCUGAACGUUCUCGUAAUGAUCGUGGACGUCGUCGUGAUAAUGAAGAAGUUCGAAGAAAUCAACGAAGUCGUUCAAAACAAAAGCAAAAGGAACGUUCACCGACACCAAAGAAAGUUAUUAAAAGAAAAUCACCGACUCCGAAAAAAGUUGAGAAAGUUUCUUCUUCACGGCGCAGUAAAUCCCCAAGACGUCGUUCAAUUUCACCAAAACCACCAAGACGUCGUGAUGAAACGCCACCAAAAAGUCGACAAAGUAAUCGAAAACGAACAUUAACACCGACAAGAUCACCAAGAAAACGUUCAGUUGAACGACGACGGUCACCAUCACCGAAACGUUACACACCAGAAAGACGCAAAGAGAAAUCAAUUGAGAGACGUCGACCGUCACCAAGAUAUGCACGUCGUCGAACACCGUCACCAGCUCGACGUCGAAGUUCAUCAAGAGAUCGAAGAAAUCAACAACAGAAACGAUCGACAUCAAGAAAUCGUCGAGAUCAGCAAAGGAGAAAGUCGCCAGUUUCUCGAAAGAGAUCAACAAGCAGAUCUCGUUCGCCAAUUCCAAGGAAAUCUUCACGAUACAGUCGAUCACCAGAUUCAAGAAAUCAACGAGUUAAUGAUCGCCGAACUCAUAAUGAGAGACGAUCACGUUCAAGAUCACUCAGUUAUUCACCAGCACGUCGUAAUCCGGAGAAGUAUCGUGAAAUUCUUGAAUCAAAAAUGCGAGCUAAGAAACCAGCGCCAGUUGUGAAACUUCAUCCAGUCACUGAUGACCGUGACAGUUCUGACAACGAAACACGCAGCGAAUCAAAAGUUGAAGACUUCUUACCUGUUAUUGAUAAAAAUCAAGACAAAGAACUGAAUCGAUUGAAAGCUUUAAAAUCAGAACUCGCAGCAAAAGCAAAAGAAUCGCUCGAGAAGAAAAUAAUUUCGGAAAGCGCUUCAUCAUCAAUUGUACCUCGUCAUAUUUCACCAACAAACAUUGAACCAGAACGUGCACGUGAAAUGGAAAUUGUUGCACAAACGAAUGCCAUAAACACGAAAGAACAACAAGCGGCUAAAGAGCGUGAAAGUCAGAAGAAAAUAACAAUUAAACCGUUUAAGAUUAGCAGUGAUGCAUCACCUCAGAAGAACGUCGUUGAAGCUGUUAAAACGACUUCAACGAAAACGGAUGCAAUUGUAGAAAAAGAGAAAGAAAAAGAAAGAAAAUCAAGAAGUCGGUCAAGAUCAUCGGGAAGGUCACGCGACUCAUCCACAUCUAGUGAAAGUUCUGGAAGUUCACGUUCAAGAUCAUCAAGUGGAUCUAGUCGUUCAAGUCAUUCAGAUGCUUCCAGCAGUUCAUCAAGUGCUUCAAGUCACUCGGAACACUCGCGACCACGUUCACGUCAUUCGGCUUCCAUUCCACGACGUGCUGGAAGUCCUUCGUUCCUUGACAGACGACGAAUCACCAGCGGCAGCAGCAGCUCGUCGACGCUUAUCAGCCAUGACACAAUGGUAUCAUCGUCCAUUAUGCAACCAGAACCAUCGGGCCUAAAUCAAGGAUGUGAUGAUUUACUCUCAGAAUUUGAAUCACUUUCAAUUACACAGCCAUCGUUCGUAGAUAUCGACAACAGAGGCAAAUCCUUUGUGAUAAUUGACUCGAAGGAAAAUUUUGUACCAACAGACAUGGAAUCAUUUCGAAAGAAACUAGGCUUGCAUAAUAUCGAUACAAAACUCAAAGUUGUAGCAAUAUUUGGAAACUCUGGUGAUGGAAAGUCACACACAAUGAACAAUGUUUUCUUUAACGGUGACGAGAUCUUUAAGAUGAGUUCAGAACAGAACUCAUGUACAAUGGGUGUGAAUUGUUUUCAUAAAAAAUGCUUCUACAAUCAUGAUAUACUCUGCAUCGAUACCGAAGGACUUCAAGGUGUCACGCAAAACGAAAAUCAGCAACAUCGAAUGCUUAUGAAGGUGUUGGCAAUAUCUGACAUUAUCAUUUAUCGUACAAGAGCUGAACGUCUUAAUAUUGACAUGUACAAGUUCCUUGCAACUGCCUCAAAGACUUAUCUCAAACAUUUCAGUCCAAUGCUACAUGCUGCAUCUUCCACAACUUCCACGAAAGGACCUGACGUUAUUAUCUUCCAUGAAACGCACAAUACAAUCCCAUUGACCUCAAAUUUGAACGACGAAAGCCCUGAACGUGUGAUACAAGAGAAGUUUGCUGAUAUGAAACAAAAUAUUGACGCUUUUAAUUCAUUGCAUUACGUCGGCAUUCGAACGAGUCAAACUCCAACAGAUUAUCAACCUUUGAGGAGCAUUUUGAAGAAAACUAUCGAAGCCAUUGAUGAAGAAAAAACGAGACCGAUACGAACAUUUCGAAGCAUUUAUGAAGCUCUUUUAAUGCUGAACGAGAAGUUCUCUGGAGAUAUUGAUGGAGCACAUUACACAUUUCAUGAGCUUCAUUUUACUUGCGAUAUGGUGUGUGAAGCUUGUAAUCAGCGCUGUGAGAAUACGAAAAAUCAUACAAAAGAUGGAAUCGAGCAUAAGAAUGAUUCAGCAUGUCAAUACCAACAGAUUUUGAACAACAAAAUCUAUCUUUGCAAGAAGUGCCAUAUAAAUGGAAAUGGACGAAGAAUUGUGAGAAUCAAUGACUCAUGUGGUGAUUCAACAUGGAUGGGAUUAGCAAAAUAUGCGAUGAGUUUAGGUGGAACGCAAAUACAAAAAUUAGAUUGUGUUAGUUGUGGUGAAAUAUUUCGUGCAAAAUGGUAUGGAAAUAAAUCACCGGAAGAGAUUUGUGUUUUAGCUGAAGCAGUUCAUGUAUGGAGAGAUGGAUCUUCAAGAAAUCAAACCGCGACACAUUCAGCUCAAGCAAUUCUUGAUGGAGUUUCUUACAUAAGCGAAACAAUUUCAAAUAUUGGCGCACAACCUACAAAAACACUUUCAUCGUGGGUGGCUGAUAAUUUAGUGAAUCCAGCCUAUUGGCGGCCCAACAGUGAAAUAAGUUGCUGUAAAUCGUGUCGAAUUAAUUUUCAAAGAAAUGGUCUAAAGAUUCACCAUUGUCGCAAUUGCGGUGAAGGUUUUUGUUCGAAUUGUUCGAGAAGUCGAAUGGCUGUACCAAAGCGUGGGUGGGGAACUGAAUUGGUUCGUGUAUGCAACACAUGUCGAGAUGAAUUACAGAAAAAUGAAAACGGUAAUAGUGAUAAUCAAGAAAAUCAAGACGAAGAAGCAAAAGCUGUUCGAGUAAGGAAAUAUGGUGAAGUCUUUGCAAAUUGUGUGUCAUCAGUGGCGUCAGCGUUAGAAAUUCCCAAAGAAAUGAUAAAAGAUUCAGUUCGUCCCGAUUAUUGGGCGAAAGAUUCUGAGUCACCUUGUUGUGCUUUGUGCAAGCAAAUCUUUGGCAAUACAGACGACAUGAACCAAUCUGAGAUGUUCUAUCGCGAAUCAAGCGCGGGAUCUGGUAGCUCACAAAACUCACCCAUUCACAAUGUCAUCGAUAUUCGCAGACAUCACUGUCGCGGUUGUGGUGUUGCGGUGUGCAAUAAAUGUUCGCUAAACAGACAACCUGUACCUGAACAUGGAUGGAAUACAAACAACUUUAUCAACAACGAAAUCAACCUUGGAUGUCAUAAAUUCUUACAAGAUGAUCAUUUCCGCAACUUGCCAGCUGAAAACCAGAAAAAUUUGGUCGAAAUUCAAGUUUGUUUACAGACAAAUGAUGGCCAUUCUAAACCAAUAGCCAGAAGAUAUCCAUUAAAUGAUAGUUGUGCAAAUGCUAAAGCUGUAACUGAGGAAGUUUCAAGUACAAGUGUGGCAACUGAUUGA